ACAACUGAGUCAACUUAAGUGAAUGCCUCAUCCAUCCAUAUUGUUUCCUCCUUGGUUUCUAAGGCAACAGCCUUGGGAGCAGAAGCACACUUUUGGAGCUCACUCUUCUUUUUUGAUAGGAAACUCAUAAAGUCUCAUCAUGGGAGCUGUGGUGCUUGAUGAUGGUCCAUCUGGAGUUAAAGCCCCAGAUGGUGGCUGGGGUUGGGCUGUUCUCUUUGGGUGCUUCGUCAUCACUGGAUUUUCCUAUGCCUUCCCAAAGGCCAUGAGCGUAUUCUUUAAGGAGCUUAUCCGGGAGUUUGGUGUUGGAUAUAGUGACACCGCAUGGAUUUCCUCCAUUCUAUUGGCUAUGCUUUAUGGAACAGGUCCCCUGUGCAGUAUGUGCGUCAAUCGGUUUGGUUGCCGUCCUGUUAUGCUGGUCGGUGGCCUCUUUGCUUCAGCAGGGAUGAUCAUCGCUUCCUUCUCCACUAAUAUAAUUCAGGUCUAUCUUUCUGCUGGUGUCAUUACUGGAUUGGGUCUGGCACUCAACUUUCAGCCGUCGCUCAUCAUGCUAAAUCGCUACUUUAAUACACGGCGACCGUUGGCCAAUGGGUUGGCCGCAGCUGGAAGCCCCGUAUUUCUUUGUGCGCUUUCACCCUUGGGGCAGGUUCUGCAACAUCAGUAUGGGUGGCGAGGGGGAUUUCUCAUCUUGGGGGGACUGCUUUUGAACUGCUGUGUUUGUGGAGCUCUGAUGAGACCUUUGAACCCUCCUAAAAAACCCGAAGCUUCCAAAGAGACUUCUGAGAAACAAAAAAAGAAAAAACUAUUGGAUUUCAGUGUCUUCAAGGAUCGUGGCUUCCUAAUCUAUACAAUUGCUGCAUCUAUCAUGGUGCUGGGCUUAUUUGUGCCACCAGUCUUUGUGGUGAGCUAUGCUAAGGAUCUGAAGUAUGAGGACACCAAAUCAGCUUUUCUUCUGACCAUUCUUGGAUUCAUCGAUAUAUUUGCUCGGCCUCUUUGUGGAAUAAUAGCCGGUUUGCAGUGGGUUAGGCCCCGCUGUGUCUACCUCUUUAGUUUUGCAAUGUUCUUUAAUGGUUUUACCGAUCUCAUGGGGUCCAUGGCCCAUGACUAUGGUGGCCUAGUGGUCUUCUGCAUUUUCUUUGGCAUUUCCUAUGGAAUGGUUGGUGCUCUUCAAUUUGAAGUCCUCAUGGCUAUUGUUGGUACACAGAAGUUUUCUAGUGCCAUUGGUUUAGUUCUUCUGGCUGAGGCAUUGGCUGUUCUAAUUGGACCACCUUCAGCAGGCAAACUCUUGGAUGCAACACACAAAUACAUGUUUGUUUUUAUUAUGGCUGGCGUUGAAGUUGUUAUCUCAUCUGUGGUGCUGGUUGUAGGGAAUGCCUUCUGCAUGAAAAAACCAGCGCAUGCACACACAAAAGAAGAUCCAUCCGAAAGAGAGGAGUUAAACAAACAACCUGGAGGCUCCAAGGUGGACUCUAUUGAAGUGGAACACUUUCUGAAAGAUGAAAAAAACGGGGAAGUUGUAACUAACCCUGAAACGUGUGUGUGAGUGUGACAAGGACGAAUGCCAGGUAUUUAGGGAGAGAUUCAGAUGAUUUCAACACUCUUUAUUUAUUUUAGAAAUAGAACUAGCUUAGGGCUGGGCCAUCUUGGUUGAGAACUAGAGGCCAACCAGCUCAUGAAAUCACUCUGGAAGAUGGCUUGUUAGAAAACCUUUCUCCCCUGCUUAAAAUGGGAUUGAUCUUCAAAUUAAACUGCUUGGGCAUAACUGUAAGCUAAGCAAAUGGCCUUCUAAACACAUGUAGAGGUCCCACUAUGCAUCACCAGAAAAUGCUCACUUGGAUGAAAAUAUUUUAAUUAGAAAGGAAGUAUAUUUUCCUGUAAUACAGAUGAAAUAUCCAUCUGUUUGUGUGUGUGUGGUGCACCUCAAUGUAACUUCCACGUCUGUGUCUGCUUUAGGAGGAAUGGCUUAGCAAGGAGAAAUCUCAGGGACUUGGUCGUUUCUAGUAGGUUUUAAAACCUACCCAUUUCCAAAUCUUUUUAGAUCAGUUGGCUCAGCCCUAAUUUAAUUUUGAUAACAUGUACAAUUUUCUAGACUUUUUUUUGUCAAUGUAUUUUUAUGAUUUGGGAUGGUUUUUUGUUUUUGUUUCGUUUUAAUUGUCCUUUUUACAGGAAAUAUUAUACAUGUACCAAGAAGGGCACUGCAAUGCUUCUUGGGAACCCUCAUACUGACUGUUCCCACAUGGUGAAAAAACAAAAUGGAAGUUGUUGUGUUUAGUUCUAACAGGCCAACAGAGCAAGCAGGAUACCCCUGUACGCUGCCUCAGCUUUAAAUACCCUCCCUUCAGAACAUCAAUGAAUUACAAAUCAUUCUUUCGCACAGGAAGCCAUUACCAAAAAAAGAAAGAAAAAGAAAUAGAAAAAAAGAAAAGAGAAAGGGUGGAUACUAAUUUCUAGAAGUGAGUCUCCAACAUUUGUGGGCUCCAGAUUAAACUGAGGAGGGUAAGACCAUAUGGUUUAUGUAGUCAGGAUUAAAAAUGAUUAAAAGGUGCUAACUAAUAAAUUUUGGUAAAAUGGUGUAUUGCUCCCAUUAUUCAAUUGUGAGACAUUCAUGGAGUCGUCGGCAGUUACAAAAAAGGAUGGGACUUAAAAGGAAGAAGUUAGGGUGAAGGAGGCAGGUUUGCCUUCUGCCACCCAUAGUCUUCAGAAUGAAACCUCUGGUGCUGCAACUGGCCUUCUGGGACUCACAGUAACUAUUUAAGUGAUGUCUGGGCAACCAGAUGGCAAAAUGGAACAUUUGAGAGCAGAAGUAUAGUUGAUCCUGCAAUGUUGCAUUUGUCAGUUGGGAUGCCACGGGGGGGUCAGUCGAAAGCACGGUACUGGAGAAAAUAGACUGCACUCAGUCCUUCCCAUCAGACUGUCCAAUGGUGGAAGCAGUCCUGGGAUUCACAAUAUAACCAAAUACACAUUGAUUGCCAUUUUCUCAUAAUGAGGAUAGUAAAUGGAUGAUCUUUGCUUAACAACCACAGGUGUUUAAGAUUCUUUCAAAAGGUAGAUGUGUCUCAGGGUUGCUAGUCCUGAAUGAAAAACCCUUAUCUACAUAAAAGAAGUUUAGAGAGUUUACUUUGGUUAUAACCUUGAGUCAAGCACUGGUCCCUAUUUUCAGAGGACUUUAUAGUCUAUGCCAAAUAGAAGUUCCCUACUAUGGUUUAGAUCCACAGGCUCUGAACACAGGUAAGGAUGACAUGUCAAAAGCACCUUGAUGUUCUGGCCCUCCAGAAUGGGAAGAGAUGACAGGAGAGAGUCCAGCAACAUCUGGAUGGCCACAGGUUGCUCAUCUCAUGCCUGCCCUGCACCAUACAUAUGUAAGAAUUGCUAGGGAGAAUGAUAAGGUCUUUGCAGAAGCUGGUCAGAAAAGAAAAAUAAGGCCCCUUUGCCCAGAAAUUUGAGUCCAUCAGUCCAGAGAAGGUCCCAACACAGAAGUAACUGGGCAGGUAGUGUGUGCAUGUAUAGACAAAAACGUGUUGGUAGAUUCCUUAAUAAAGUGUUCAAUAACCACUGAUUUAGUGAGAAUGGAAUGUUUGGUACCCACAUCCAAGUUAAUUGAAUUAAAAGGAUAUUUAACGGUAGGGAUUAGAUUUUUCAAUAUUUUUCUAAAAUGGUGUUUUCCUGGAAAUCUGCUCAUUGGCUGAUCAGAAAACCCAGUGCACUGGUAACAUCGUACAGGCUUCUUGUCCUCUUCCUGAUCUGGCAAUGCCUGUUGUUUGUCUUGGUUUUAAGUCUGUGACACAAUAUGUGCUCCAUUACACUGACUCCUGUGGGUAACCAUAGAGCUUAUCAAGGCUAUACAUCUGCUUUUGAAUUAUACUGACAGCAAAAAAAGAAAGAGGAAAAAAGGCGACAUGCCCUCAGCAAAUAUUAGACACUGCAUUAUUAGAUCUGAAAGUGAAAUGGUCUUUUCAGUCCUGGAAAGCAAUAUGCUGGUUUUGCUAAUAUGGUGUACAGGAAGAAGCAAAAAGCAAAACAUUAACUACUUUCCCACUCUUCAUGUUUCAAAAGCUGCAUGUCAAAAGGUGAGCAGGACUGCUAUUGAGAUAAAAAUGAUUUUUCAAAGACUCAGAAAUGGAGCUCAGAAGCUCUUUGGAUCAUGGCCUACUUCACAAUUAGAAAAUAAGAGAAAGGAACACACAAACACACAAAGAAGGGAGGCUGGAAAUGGGAAGAUGAAUCAAUACUGAAGUUGUUCAUACUUACCAACCAUUUACCAAAAUUGUCAUUUUGAACAGCUACAAAUGCUACAGAAAUCUUGCUCCCAUUAUCCCCUUCAGUCCAAAGUUUCCAACAGUUGUAAUUUCUUAGGGACACAAAUUUCACUAGCUUGUUCAGCAGUCUCUCAGAGAUCAUAGACACAAAAGAAGGAAGGGGAUACCUUUUACAGGGACAAUUUCUUUGAAUGAGACAGGAAAUGCAUUGCAUUUCAGCUUCACAAAUUUCUUUGCAAGACAGAACACAGCUUACAGCUUUUUUGUCCAAAAAAAAAAAAAAAAGCUGACUAUAUCCAUUCACCUUUAUAUCCCUUCUCUUGGGCCAAAAUCUGGGUAUUAGAAAUUACUGCCAGAAAAAAAACCCUAUGCAUAAUGGACAAUUGAAAAUAUCUUCACAGGUUUCUUUGGUAACCAUAAGGAAUAAAAGAACCUUACCUUUAGGUAUGGUUAAGUACAGGAAAUUUCAAUGUUUUUUUUAUUAUAUACCUACUAUAACUUGCACACUGCCAAAUGAUGGUUGUGUGUUCUAUAUUUGAUUAUUCUUUUCUCUUGUCCCCUUUGGCAUUUUUUAUAUAAGAAAUGUAUGUAAAUAUGUAUGUGUGAGCACUAUGUGAGCACAGGUGUUAAUGCAGUACAAUGCAUAUGCAUCCACAAAUGAAAAUGAGCUGCAGCAGCUUACACACAUACUCCUUGAUCCAGAAACCUGUACAUGCACAAGUGUACACGCACAUCUUUUGCAUGGACUAAGGUUCCCAUUCAUUUGAAAGGAUGCAGCCAGUCCACCCAUGUAAAGGGAAUACUGCAUAGUUCUGCAUUCUCCUCUGAGAUGAAUUGGGAAGAGACACUGUGCAGGGGAAAUGGCGUGUGGCUAAUAAUGCUCAAAUCACUGGAAUUGGGCGUUGGAUUUUCCAUAGUAGGCAAAGAACCAACAUGGGUUCUCUACGACAUAAACCAAAAUAAUUAUUUUUGUUAUCUUUUAAUAUAUAUAUAUAUCUAUAUUUUUAUCCAGUCGCAGCAUGAACGAAAAGCAGUUGAACCAAAUAUAAUGAAAUGAUGCAACAGACAUUUAAAGAGUGAUCAGAAGCCUUCUUUCCCCUCAACACAGUUGCUGCUAGCAAUUUAACCAGGGGUAUGGUGGUGGGGGAUUCCAACACAUUUAGGACCCAUUCAUUCUGGUAGUUCCCAAUCACUCACAUCAAUUCCCUUCUAUGCUAUUCUAUCCAGAGUCUAUGCAAUUCUUUUCCCUCUUUAACAAAAACAAGUCCCCUUCAACCAUUAUCACCACGUGACACACUUUUAACAUUUGCCUUCUUUAUUUCUCAAAGCGCAGCUGAUGCUGCCGUCAAGGACUGUAAGGCAGUGGGGACGGAGGGUUUCCAAGAGAACAAAGCUCUUGUGUGCUACGUUUAUUAUUAUGUGCAGAAUCUGUAUUUAAAUUGUCAUUGAGAAGUGAGAGUGUGCGCGUGUGCAUCAAUGUAUUGCUGUGUACGAGUGCAUGCUUGUGGCAGGUUUGAGGCAAAUGGAGUCACUUCUGUCCCUGUUUUCAUGUAAAUGCACUUUAAUGUAAUAUGUGGUUGUCAAUGUAAUUUGGAUUUAUGCUUUUCUAGUGAACUCUUUCAACCAUAGUGAAUAAAGUUAUUUAUUCUGUUGUCA